CCGCGGGUGAGUAAUCGCGGGGAGCGGGGCUGGAGGCGCCGCCGCCCGACGGCCCGACUCGGCAGCGGCCCCGAGGGGACCGGCGCAGCCGCCCGGGCCAGCGUAAAGCAAGGAUGGCUGCGGACCCGCUCUCCAGCAAGGCCCUGAAGGUGAAGCGGGAGCUGGGGGAGAACACACCGCUGCUGUCAGACGAGGAGCUGAUGGGGCUGUCGGUGCGGGAGCUCAACCAUCACCUGCGGGGCCUCUCCAAGGAGGAGGUGGCGAGGCUGAAGCAGCGCCGACGGACGCUGAAGAACCGGGGUUACGCCGCCAGCUGCCGGGUGAAGCGCGUCUGCCAGAAGGAAGAGCUGCAGAAGCAGAAGAUGGAGCUGGAAUGGGAGGUGGACAAGCUGGCCCGGGAGAAUGCUGCCAUGCGCCUGGAGCUCGACACCCUCCGUGGCAAGUACGAGGCCCUGCAGGGCUUCGCCCGCACCGUGGCCGCCCACGGGACCCCCGCCAAGGUGGCCACUGCCAGUGUCAUCACCAUUGUCAAGUCCGGUGCCAACCAGGCCGCCUAUUCCUAGUGUCGGCCUCCGUCCCCCGGCUGGGCAUGGCCCCCCGGGGUGCCUUCCCCCAUGAAUCCCCUCCCCUACCCUCCCUGACCUCCUUCCCACCAGGACCUGUGCCUGAAGCCCUCCUUCUCCCAUCCCUUGACCUCCAGCUCCCCUGUGCAGGGAGAGCUGCCGCGGUGUGGGUGCUGGGGCGGAGGACAGGACCACACUGGUGGCCCCCGAAGCCUCGCAGCCCCCUCCCCUCCAACCCAGCCCUGUUCCCUGCUGCAGACCCCCACCUGAGGGAUGCAGGCAGGAGAGGGUGAGCCUACACAGGCAGCAGUGGCGGGGGAAAGCAUCCCAUGGCUCCAAGCUGUCAGGAAAACACCAGGCACCUCUCUCUAUUGGGGAGGGCAUGGGAGAGCUGAGUGUGGGCCAGGUGCUCCCAGGAGCAUAUUCCGGGGAGGGAAACAGGAAGAGAGGUUUCACAGCGAGGGGCAGAAGGGGAUACGAUGGAGGGGAGAGGAGGCGGGGGUUGGCAAUUGGACCACGGCUGGAACAGGGAGGGAGGUGGCAGCAUGGCUGGAGCCUCUGGGGAUGGAGAUGGCAAGGGCAGGUGGCAGGUCAGAGGGGGCGAGAAAGUGGCUGCAGGUUGAUGCCUGGUAAGGGUGAGCGGGGUGGGAAAGCGCCGUGACAGCUUGUGGGGCUGGGGGAGCCCAGAGGUGACAGUGAUGGAGGAGGGACCCUUGGGCUGGGGGACGUGAGCGGGUCAGCCCAGGCUGUUGAACGCAAAAGGCAGAAGCUGUGGUGCUGUUUUAUCUCUCUCCAUCACGCACAUCCUUCACGCCUCUUCCUGCCUACGGGGCCGGGUGUCUAUGAAACACAGCAGCACCAGCAGGAAGGAAGCGGAGGCAGCUGGAGCAGAGAUAAACACUGUUUUGCUCGGCCCAGGCCAGCUUGUAUGGCCCCACCAAGGGCUCCCCGGCGCCUCACUGCCUACAAAGCCCACAGAAAGGUGCUCCUGGUCCCCCCCGAGAGCCAGAGCUGUGGACGCAGAGAGAGGGGUGGAGGUGCAGGAGGUGGGAAGCGGGGGCGGAGAGCAUCCCUGCUCCUGGGAGCCGCCUGGCAGGCAGGUAGACUCCUCCCUUUGGUGUUUUUUUUUUUUUUCCUCCAGCUUGGACACUGGUGUGGGACAACUGGCUCUUCAGCAGCCUGAAAGGCUGGAGAAGAGUUGGGUUUGCUAAAUAGAGGCAGCGUGGCAUCUGCUGCCAUAGAUGAUCUCCCCCUUUCUGCCCCUGUCUGGGUAUUGCCACGCCAGCCGCCCUCGGCUGCAGCCUCCAUCCCUCCCCGGAGAGAGGUGCCCGCCACAAGUGGGCACCGUGGUCAGCAUGGCCCACCCUUCACCCCCCCAACUCCUCUUGGGUUUAUUUAUUGCACGAACAUAAGUUAUUUUCACGUCCUCUUUGCCAUUCCGCCUCUCGGCACAGCCAGGAUGUUGGUACAGAGCCGUACUUUAUAUUUUAUAUAUGCAAAUCACAUUUUAUCUUAUACUUAUAUAGAGCAAAAAAAAUACUUAUUUAUUUUCUGACUUACAGUACGUGUCCUACCCGACUCCUCUGUAUUUUGUAGACUUUACAAAUAAAGCAAGUUCUUUUUUUUUCCACA